AUGUUUUACUUUUGUCGGCUUAAGCCGUACCAUCAGUACGCUGUUUCUUCCGAUGAAGAACGCCCUUGCGCUCAAGUAUCUCACAGAGAGCUUUGUGCCCCCGAUGGUGGAUAUCAACAAGGUUCUGAAGAGCAGUUGUCUCAGCCCGAGAUCGGUCAAUAUCCACACGAGCUACCCUUAGCUCGUUACGCAGAGAUGUCAAAGCUCUCUCGUUCUCAAGCUGAGCAAAAGCAUACUCAGCUCGAUGCUUCAAGACAGUGUCCGCCAGUUGAAGACGCCUGUCCCGCCCAUGCUCGAGGUCGUCGCGUAACGCAAGGGUUACGCGAUCAAAGAAGCUCUCGGAGGCUCACGCUUCCCCACGGUAGCUUGGAGAGCUUUUUCCCUCCUCCUACACCUUCUUUGGAAGAAUCUCGCAGUGGCAAGCGCUAUCUGAUUGAGCGGCUGUUGAACCACCGCGAUGUGAACGGACGUCGGACGAGUUACCUCGUCCGGUGGCGCGGUUAA